CUACGCUGGGAACAUCUUCCCGCCAAAAUUUCCCCCCAUUUAUCAAUCACAAUCAGAUCUUGUCUUUUCUGUUCUCCACUUGCUUUUCGCCGGCAAAACAAAACAAUGGAAAUCGUCCGGUCACAAAGUAAACCCUCCGGUCCAGCCGCUGUCCCGACGAUUCCUCUGUACCGGUCCGCUCCAGAACUUGAAGUCAGACUCGAAGAUUUCGAGCUUUUCGCCAUCGAUCGCCUCCGAGUUCUUAAAGGGAUUUCUGAUGGAUUAUCUCGAGGAAAGAAACCCGAUGAAAUGGAGAAAUUGGUAAGUGAGUUAUGGAGAGCUAAUAUGAAGCAUUCGAUAUCGUCUGAGGUUACCAAUAAAGACAUAAUUUCCCAUUUUGUUCUUCGCCUUGUCUAUUGUCGGACUGAAGAAUUGAGAAAAUGGUUUCUGUCGAUUGAGACUACUCUCUUUCGUUAUCGUUUCCAGCGUGAAACGUCUGAUGUCCAGAGGGAACUUAUGGCAGAGUUUGAACUUCCUUACAAAGCUGUUGGCAAUGUAGAAUAUGAGGGUUUGAAGGAUAAAUUAAGUCAAGUCGCACGCUCCAUUGGACAAUCUUUGCCUAGUGGUAAUGCGGUUUUUUACAAGGUACCGUUCGAAGAAGUUCCAGACCUGGUGGCUACUCGCAAAGUUUAUAUUCAAAAGGGACAUGCCUAUGUUGCUAUGAAUCAGGUAGUAUCACUUGUUGUGACGCAAUUUCGUAGUCAUCUAUCAAAGGCACUUGUGCUUACAAACAGAAAAUGGACAUCAAUGAUUAGAGAAAAGGAAUCAGAUCGUUUAACUCCUAUUGUCGAAGCAUUAGCUACAAGCUAUCUAGGUCCUGACUAUUCCCAGCCAAAAGAAUUUACAGAAAUAUCACUAAAAGACAUUGAUCAAGUUGCUAAAAGUUCAUUUCCAUUGUGCAUGCGUCACCUGUUCGAAAAGCUAAGAGAGGAUCAUCACUUGAAGCAUGGAGGGAGAAUGCAGCUCGGACUAUUUCUCAAGGGUGUUGGGUUGACGUUGGAUGAUGCUCUUGUAUUUUGGAAAUCAGAGUUCUCCAGGAAAGUUGGUACAGAAAGAUUUGACAAAGAAUAUGCUUAUGGUAUACGCCACAACUAUGGAAAAGAAGGAAAGAGAGUGGAUUAUACACCAUAUUCGUGUCAAAAAAUCAUAUCGUCUACUCCAGGUGUGGGGGAUCACCAUGGUUGUCCUUAUCGCCAUUUCAGUGAAGAGAAUUUGAGAGCCGCACUUGGUAAAAUGGGGGUAAGCAGUCGUGCACUCGAGGACGUGAUAGAUAAAGCACGAAACAGACAUUACCAGUUGGCAUGCACUUUGACAUUUGAGGCCGUACAUAACUCAUCUUGUGAUGCUGGAGUAAAUCAUCCAAACCAGUACUUCAGCGACAGUCAAAGCAUAUUAAAAUCCAAGGGGAAUUCUGUUGCAUAAAAAUUACGUAUGGAUGAAAUGAAGGAUACUCGGUAACUUACGCAUCCGGCUCAGAGUUUUGUUUCAAGGGUAUCUCCAUGACUCCAUGUCCUCCCCUGUUAUUCAAUUUACCAAGUACAUGUAUAUUAUGUAUCUGUCGGAAAUUACUGCCAGUCGAUGAGUGCUGUAGAAGUAUUGUUUGUUUAGGUGGCCAUUGAUGGUUCUACAAAGAUUGUACUUUGCCGGAACAGCUUGAUGAAUUUGCUCAAGAGUAUUUAUACUGAAAUAGAAUAUUUACAAAUUAUCAAAAGCUUGGACAGGACU